UUCAACAAGGUAACCUUAAAGAAAUGGCCUUAACGUGGGAAGAUAAAGAAGUCAGAUUCGACAUCCCGUUUUCGGAGAUGCGAUUGAAAUCCGAAGAGAAGAUCGUGGAUAGGUUGGAUAACAUCGAGGAUACUAAAGGAAAUGGAGGAGACCGCGGAAGGAUGAUUAUAACUACUUUAAGGAUUCUAUGGCAUUCGAUAUCCAGCCCAAGAAUUAAUUUAUCAAUAGGUUUCAAUUCCAUAAUUAGUAUUAGUACAAAAGUUGUUAAUUCGAAACUCCGCGGGACGACUCAGGCUCUGCACAUGCUGACCAACUCGAAUAACACGAGAUUCGAAUUUAUUUUUACCAAUUUGAUACCUGGAAACAUGCGUCAUUUCACCUCUGUUAUGGGAGUCCAUAAGGCUUAUCUAUCUUCGAAAUUGUAUCGCGAGCUGAAACUACGGGGCGCCGUUGUGUACAAUAAGCAGCUGAAAAUAUUACCCUUGGAGCAGGUUUUUACGACAUUGCAUGGCGUUUGGAACUUAUCUAGUGAUCAGGGGAAUUUGGGGACUUUAAUAAUUUCAAAUGUUAGACUGGUAUGGUUUGCCGAUAUGAAUGAAGGCUUUAACAUUUCAUUACCGCAUUUGCAAAUAGACACGAUUAAAGUUCGUGACUCCAAGUUCGGUACAGCUCUGGUCAUAACUAGUACGCAGGAGAGCGGAGGAUACAUACUGGGAUUUCGGAUCGAUCCCGAGGAGAAGCUGCACGUAGUGUAUAAGGAGUUGAUCUCGCUGUAUUUAGUGUACAACAAAAAGCCGAUUUAUGGGGUGGAAUAUAAGUGGAGUCAUCAGAAGGAAACGGAUCUGCAGAAACAGCAUCUGAUCGAUGAUUUCUCGGAGGUGGAGGAGCCUAAAGGUGAGAUGACAAACGUCAUUACCGCUUACUUGGCAGAUGGAGGACAUAUCAAGGAUCGCAUGCCUCUUUACUCCGAAGAUCUUGGCAUUGCUAUUGAAAGCAUCAAAGAAGGUUAUACUCUUCAGAAACUUUGGGAAGUUAUACCUAUGUAAUUACACGUUUCAAAUUAGAACCAUUUGAUAUCAAUAUUAUAAAAUCAGCCAUUAUAAGUAGCAAAAAU